CCUCAUCGCAAGCUUUGGCGCGUGCAGUAACCCGUGGUAACGGUGAUUUUUUUGGAGUUGGCUUUAACUUUAUGUUAGCCUUUAGUUCAGAUUGACUUGAAAAGUAAAUGACCUGUACCUGUGAGUGAGGGCGUCUCUGACGUCUAAAAUCCAGAACAAUAUGAAGACGGACGAAGAUGCUGGUGACAUGCGAGGUGUGACAGUGAACCGGUUCGCGGAAGAGGCUCCUUCAGCUGGGAUGACAAAGAAUGGAUACUUCUAUCAGGAGAUGGAACAGCGGGAGAAAGAGGAGCCGGAGGAUGGGAGCGAGGAACGGGAGGAGGGCCAGGACUCACCCAUACCCUCUGGAGAUGACAUCCACCUCUACGCUAACCAGACACACCCAGGGGGGACAGAUUCAGACGUCCAUGGAUGUGUACUGCUGAACACCUCCAGGAGAUAUGUAAAGCUGAUGAACUUUGAAGAGGAGGUGCGCGCGCACCGCGACCUGGACGGCUUCCUGGAGCGGGCGAGCAUCCUGCUGCACGAGGACGAGGCCUCACUGGACGACGUGCUCAAGACGAUGCUGCGGCACGUCUCGCAGGACCCGCACACCGCCGAGCCCGCCUGCAACUUCGAGGAGAUCAUGAGCUCGCUCUUCACCGACGCUGGCUCGCAGGAGGUCAAUGACAGGUCUCAAAGCUUCAUUUUCUGUGACAACGUGCACCUAUUAUCGGAGACCCUCCAGUGCGUCACGGCAACGGCCACAGGAGUUCAGUACCAGCAGUCCUGGCUCUGCAUACUCUGUAACGUGAAGACCCUGCAGCGAAGGCAUGUGUGUAUUUCUCGGCUGGAGCGGCCGCAGAACUGGGGGGAAAACUGCGCCGAGGUCCGCUACGUCAUCCUCAUCCUGUCACCGCUCAAAAUGAAAAGCACUAAGACGGCUAUGGAGCUGGGCCGCACGUUUGCCACCAUGUUCUCCGACAUCUCCUUCCGCCAGAAGCUCCUGGAGACCAAGACACAGCAGGAGUUCAAGGAGGCCCUGGUCAUCCAGAGAUACCUUCUGACCUCUGCCAAGCACAAGCCGGUCACCACCGAGGAGGAGGGCACUGACCCACACAGCCACAAGCCACUGAAGUCUGCAGAUAGAAUGUUCUGUCUCUCACUGCUGUGUGCUGAUAUCUGUUGUAGAGAUUUUUUCCGGGUGGGGAGAGGGAUCUAUGAGGAUUUGUGUCGACGUCUACCUCUCUACGCAUCUGACUUCACAGAUGGUAUUGUUGGCAGUAACAAAGCUCUUGGGAAGUACAUGACCACAGCCAUCUUCCUCUACAUCGCUGUGCUGCUUCCAGCCAUCGCUUUUGGCUCACUCAAUGAUGAGACCACACGCGGAGAGAUAGAUGUGCAGAAGUCGAUCAUUGGGCAGAGUAUUGGUGGGAUCAUCUACUCCUUGUGUGCCGGUUCCCCACUGGUGGUGCCUCUCACAACAGCUCCCAUCGCUAUAUUCAUAGGAGUGAUCCGGGGUAUCUGUGAUGAUUAUGACCUGGACUUUGCUGCGUUCUACGCCUGCAUCGGGCUCUGGAACUCAUUCUUCCUCAUCCUAGGAGGAGUCUUCAACCUCAGCCUCCUGGUGAAACUCUUCAAGAGGUCAAUAGAGGAGGUGAUUGCACUCUUCAUCUCUAUUGCUUUCGUGGUGGAUGCAGUCAAAGGCACAGUAAAAAUCUUCCUUAAGUAUUACCAUCCGCCCACGCUGGCCAAUGGCAGUUUUGCAGAGCUGCAGCGUGUGAACGCCGGGAUUCUGGACGCCGGGGUUAACAUUACAGGGGCUGGGAUUGUGACCCUCCCAGAAUCCUUCAUUCUGUGCACACGGGCUCGGCCCCUGCUCUGCCUGCUGCUCAUGCUCGGCACCCUGUGGUUGGGAUACACACUUUACGAGUUCAAGAGGAGUCCAUUCCUGCAUUAUAAAGUCAGGGAGCUUUUGUCAGACUGCGCUCUGCCCAUCUCUGUGCUCAUAUUCUCCUUCAUUGGGUCAUAUGUUUUCAAUGACAUCGGCUUGCCGGUGUUUGACUUCCAUCAGGGGCCGUUGUUCCGCCUGGCUCCGUUGCAGAAGCUGUCUGGGGCGAGUGUUCUGAGUGCCAUGGGCCUGGGCUUCCUGCUGGCCCUGCUCAUCUUCAUCGACCAGAACAUUGUGGUGUCGCUUACCAACGCCCCGGAGAACAGGCUAGUUAAAGGCACAGCGUAUCACUGGGAUCUGACACUGUCGGGGAUUGUCAACAUCCUGAUGUCGGUGCUGGGGUUGCCAUGGAUGCACGCAGCGUUCCCUCACUCUACCCUUCAUGUCAGGCAGCUCGCCUUCGUGGAGGAGCGAGUCGAAGGGGGACACCUCUACGAGACCAUAGUGAGCGUGAAGGAGACGCGUGUGACGUCCCUGGCUGCCAACAUCCUGAUUGGCGUGAGCGUGUUCCUGCUGCCAGUGCCCCUGCAGUGGAUCCCCAAGCCCGUCCUGUAUGGCCUCUUCCUCUACAUCGCCCUCACCUCCAUCGAUGGCAACCAGAUGUGUGACCGAAUGGCACUGCUGCUUAAAGAACAGACGUCCUAUCCUCCCACCCAUUACAUCCGUAAGGUCCCGCAGAGGAAGAUCCAUUACUUCACUUUCCUGCAGAUGGUGCAGUUGCUGUUCCUCUGUGCGUUUGGGAUGUACCCCUUACCCUACAUGAAGAUGAUCUUUCCCUUGCUCAUGAUCAUUCUGAUCCCUAUCAGGAAUUGCCUGCUCCCGCGCAUCAUCGAGGCUCGCUACCUGGAUAUCAUGGACGCGCAACACAUGUAGAGAGAGAGGGAGAGAGACUGAGCCGAGCCGCAAAGCCCUCUGGGGGAUGUAGUUCUGGAACACAAAACACUGGGAGGAAACAGUCUGAUUUAUAACAGGGAACUGCAGCUGCACAGGUGGAGCUCUGGAAUGAAGAGAUGCAGCAAGGAGAGGAGAAGAA